AUGGCCCCGAACGUCGGCGACCUUAGAACUCAUGAAACGGGCGCCGGCGACCCCAUCGUCCAGAGGCUUGCGCAAGAAGACAAGGUCCCGUGGUAUAGGAAGCGAAACCUCCGAUACCUCUACCUACUCUUAUUUCCAACAUGUAUGGGGAUAGAGAUAACCAGCGGGUUCGACUCUCAAAUGAUUAAUGCCCUUCAGAUCUCCGACGAGUGGCAAGCCUAUUUCCACCACCCAAUAGGUUCGUGGUCAGGCUUUAUCAACGCCUCGUACUCGCUUGGCGCGAUCCUGAGCUUGCCUAUCGUCCCUAUUCUCAAUGAUCGAUUCGGUCGCCGAUGGUCGAUAUUCAUCGGUUCAUGGAUCAUGGUAGCCGGAGCUAUCGUACAGUGCUUUGCCCAGAAUGCUGGAAACUAUAUCUUUGCUCGUAUCAUGUUAGGAUUCGGUAUUCCUACCUGCAUUGUCGCCGCCUCUUCGCUAAUCGGUGAACUGGGCUAUCCCAAGGAGCGCCCCGUCUUGACUUCCCUCUUCAACGUGUCAUACUUUAUCGGCGAGCUUACAGCCGCCGGCAUCUGUUUUGGAACAAACUCCAUUGCCAGUAGCUGGGCAUGGAGGACGCCGUCUAUCUUGCAGGCUGUACCAUCUCUAGUCCAAAUAUCCUUGGUUCUGUUUCUUCCAGAGAGUCCGAGAUGGCUAAUCAGCAAAGACCGCCACGAGGAGGCCCAUGAGAUCCUGGUUAAGUAUCACGCUGAGGGCGACCGCGAUUCCGAGUUUGUUCGUGCCGAGAUGGCCCAAAUCCGCUCCACAAUCCAGAUGGAAAUCGAGGCAUCGAAGAAGUCAUGGUUGGAUCUCUUCACUACUUCUGGUAUGCGGCGCCGUGUGGUGUUGUCUACUGCACUCGGCUUGUUUACGCAAUGGUCCGGGAACACCCUCAUCUCAUACUAUCUUUCGAAGCUACUGAAGAUGAUCGGCUGGACGAAGUCGACAGAUAUCCAGAAAGUCAAUGUUGGGCUUUCAGCCUGGUCCUUAAUCACCGCCGGUACUGCCGCAUUGUUAGUUACACGCUUCCGACGAAGAGUCAUGUACAUGACAUGCGCGUUGUCGCUACUGUGCGUCUACAUUGGGUGGACAGUGUGUAUGGAGAGAACUAUGACAUCCGAUGCAGCUGGGCACAUUAAUCACGGUGCAGGUAUUGGUGUCAUCUUUUUCAUCUUCGCCUACAAGCCUGCAUACAACAUCGGUUACAAUGCUCUGACCUAUACCUACCUCGUAGAGUUGUGGCCGUUCACCGAGCGCUCGCGUGGCAUAGCAUACUUCCAGCUCUGGGGUAGACUUGGCAACUUCUUCACGACCUUUAUCAAUCCUAUCGGCCUGGAGAAUAUUAAGUGGCGCUGGUUGAUCUUCUAUUGCUGCUGGCUUGGCUUUGAGGUUGUCUUCAUCUAUUUCCUCUUCCCUGAGACAUAUGGGAGAACGUUGGAAGAACUUGCCUUCAUUUUCGAGGACAAGGACAAAACUGACAGGGCUAUCGCUGCGGUCGAGAAAGCUAGAGCUGGUCUGGAUGAGAACGAGAAGAGUGUCGCUACUGUGGUUGAGCAUGGAGAGCGAGUGUAG